GGACUCGGGGAAGUGACGCAUCAGGGUGGGAGGGCUGGAGAUCGGUCCGUUCCCCGCUAGUAUGUCUGCGCUGGCGCGGCUGGCACCUUUCGGUCGCGUCGGAGGCCGUCUGCUCCGGGGCUGCGGCGCGCGGGCGGCUGGAGGCGGUGGAGUCCGUCAUGCUGGCAGUGAUGUGCACAUUCCGCCCAAGUACAGGGAGUUUCCCCACCUUACACGAAACCAGAAGAUCCAGGCUGAGUUCAUAAGCUCACUCAUGUGGUUCUGGAUUCUGUGGCGCUUUUGGCAUGACUCGGACGCUGUGCUGGGCCACUUUUCGUACCCAGAUCCUUCACAGUGGACAGAUGAAGAAUUGGGGAUCCCUCCUGAUGAAGAGGAGUGAGAGCAUAAACUCAACCUGGACAAGUAGGAACAAGGUGAGAAGUCUGAAGAAAUUACAGCCUUCAUAUUUAAAGUUGUAAAUUAAAGUGGUUUGCCAAGGAUGA